CAUAAUAGCGGGGGUGCCAUUGGAGAGAGGGAGAGCGCGCACUGUGAUCAGACACACAGGAAGGAUACCUCAUAAGGAAGCCGUCCAUCACAGCAACUGAUGUAACCAAACGACGUAUACUCGAGUCGUUUAUUUGAGAAUUGUUACUCCCAGGGACGAAAAUACGAGUGACACCAACGAAAGAGAAAAAUGGGACAUACUGCGGUACCUAUAUUGAUGGCUGUAUUGUUCUUCGCGUGGGGAGACAACGUCGAGGCUCUAGCGAUGAAUGAGGUGAAUGGGCCGGGCCUGUCUGAGCCUCAGCCGCAGAUUGCCAUGUACUGUGGCCGUGUGCUCCUCUACAUGAACACUCAGACGGGACAGUGGGAGCCUGACCCCCAGGGGCGCCAGGGCUGCUUCACUGAGCACAGCCAGGUCCUGUCCUACUGCCAAGAGAUGUACCCCAAUCUUCAAAUUUCCCAUGCUGAAGAGGCAAACAAACCCGUCACCAUCCCGCAGUGGUGUAAGAAAGGCUGGGGUCACUGUCCAAACCGUGCCCCCAUAGUGGUGCCUUACCUCUGCAUGGAGGGGGAGUACGUGAGUGAGGCCCUGCUGGUUCCUGACCGCUGCCGCUUCCUGCACAAAGAGCAGAUGGACAUUUGUGAGAGCUAUGUCUACUGGCACAACAUCGCCAAAGAGGCCUGCACAGCGGACAAUCUGGAGCUCCACAGCUAUGGCAUGUUGCUCCCAUGUGGCGACCAUUUCAAAGGAGUGGAGUACGUGUGCUGCCCGGGCCGAAGCACCUCCAACAAACUGGAACUGGAGACCGGAGAAAGCCACGCUCUGCCCGAAAUCAUCACGUCACAGAGCGGAGGGAGAGUCAACCCUGGCAUUAAAGUGCCCACUCCAAGUCCCUCCCCCGACCCUGACCUGGAGGAAGAUGAGGAUGAAGUAGUGGAGGAGGAAGAGGAGGAGGAAGAAGAGGAGGUGGAGGAUGACGAAGAUGUGGACGACAAUGAAGAGGAAGAGGAGGAGGUGGAAGAGGAGGAAGAGGAGGAAGAGGAGGGAGCAGUGAAAGACCCAGAGGAAUACGAAUAUUCCAUAGACUCAGUGACCACGCCAAGGCCCACAGACGGAGUUGAUGUGUACUUUGAGAAGCCUGUGGAUGAGACGGAGCAUGCUAAUUUUCUGCGCGCUAAAACCGACUUGGAGGAGAGAAGAAUGAAGCGCAUCAACGAGAUUAUGAAAGAAUGGGCCGAGGCAGACAACCAGUCAAAGAACCUCCCAAAGUCAGAGAGACAGGCCUUGAAUGAGCACUUCCAGUCAGUGUUGCAGACGCUGGAGGAGCAGGUUGCCGGAGAGAGGCAGAGACUUGUAGAAACACAUCUUGCUCGAGUUGAAGCCAUUUUAAACAACAACCGCCGUUUAGCCCUGGAGAACUACCUAACAGCAGUGCAGUCCGAUCCUCCCCAGCCAGACCGGGUGCUGCAGGCUCUUAAGCGCUACAUCGCGGCAGAGCAGAAGGACCGCAGACACACUCUCAGGCACUACCGCCAUAUUGUGGCUGUGGACCCUCAGAAGGCAGAACAGAUGAAGUUUCAGGUCUACACUCAUCUUCAUGUGCUUGAAGAGAGGAUGAAUCAGAGCCUUGCACUGCUGUACAAAGACCCCACACUGGCCAAAGAGCUACAUAGUGACAUCCAGGAGCUGGUGAAGGCAGAGUUAGGGGACAUCAGCGAGCUCAUGACCACUUCAUUCUCUGAGACCCGCACCACUGAAGAACUGCUCCCCGCAGAGAGUGAAGAAGUGAAGGAUGACGAAGCAGAGGAGGAGGCCGCCUUCCAAAACAGGCCCUACCCUCCACGCAUAGAUCUGCAGUCCAAUAAGAAAGUAGAUGAAUAUGAUGACAGCACAUCUGAGAGAGGCACUAACUAUGAAUAUGAAGAAAAGAGUAACACAUCUGCUGAACUCAAGCUCCUAGAUUCCAAACCUCCAGAGAUAGAGAGAGAUGAGCUGCAGCCCGAUGCCCUGGAGACAUUUAACCGUGGGGCGAUGGUGGGGCUGUUGGUUGUGGCAGUAGCUAUCGCCAUGGUGAUGGUGAUCAGUUUGCUACUGGUGCGCAGGAAGCCAUAUGGUACCAUCAGUCACGGCAUCGUUGAGGUCGACCCCAUGCUCACACCAGAGGAGAGGCAGCUCAACAAAAUGCAGAACCAUGGCUACGAAAACCCCACCUACAAAUUCUUCGAGCAGAUGAACUGAAGAGAUAUUAAUGACUGAUGACGAGACAUGCCCAAAACCCUCCCUGCGGACAGGUGGUGUUUGGACCACUCUCUGUGAUUGACAACAACUUAAAGUAACUGCUUAAAGUCUGGUCUGCGACUCAAACCCAUUGUAAAUGACCAACAAACUCAUCAAUGUCAGAAUGUGAAUAUUACAAACCCUCAUCAUCUAUUGUCAUGAUAAAGUCCAUUCUCCUUUCCAUAGCGUGCCACUUCAUUUCAUAUACCCCUAAAACUAGGGAUGGGCGAUAUAUUGGUUCCAAUAUUGUUAUCUGCGAUAUUGGAGGGUUUUCCCAGAUAUCAUAUCGGUCCGAUAUUGAAAUUUUAGCCGAUAUUUGGCACCAAUAUUUUUCUAAGCCGCUCCAGUCUGUGUGUGCUAUGUGUUAUUCUCAGUUCAUCCUCAGUGCAACAGAUUUGUCUUUUUGAACAGAUUACUCAGUAAAAAUAGAAACAGAAGAGCACUUAGGCUAAUAAAAAAGGCAUAAUUUACACAAACAUGCUACAAAUAAUUUUAUAUGCUAGAUCAUUUUUGUCAUUAUUUAAAAGUUAUUAUUAUUUUUUGAUAUUUUUUGUGAAUUUUACUAUUGGCAAACAUUGGUUAUUGGCCACAGCAGCAAGACAAAUAUUGGAUAUCCGUAUCGGCUCAAAAAAAAAAAAAAAAAAAAAAACAUAUCGGACCAUCCCUACCCAAAACAUCUUUCAAAACCAAAUUACUCCGGUGGCAUGACUUGAUCAAUUGUUCACUACAAUCUGAAGUUGAGUGCUGCAUAAUGCUUUAUAGUAUUUAUUUUUAGUAGUAAUAUCUUUGUUAAAUUGUACCACAGCUAGAUAUAGACCUAUUUAUCAGUGUAGAUGAGUGCAAGUUCGAUCCUGCUGUCAAAGUCACUCAGUGGAGGUCAUGUAUAUGUUUUAACUAUAAUUUCCCUCCAUUGGAAAAUACUGUAAAAUUGGGACACUGAGAAUGGAGAUAAUUACUCUGAAUGUGUGAGGAGUUUAUGGUCACUGGCUUUAUUGAUUACACUGUAGUCUAACUAUGUGUCAGCAGUGCGAAAAGCCCUCAUAAAAAACACUACUUCUGCGUUGGUGAAGUUUUGAUUGCUACCUAGAGACCUGUAUACAAGCUGACGUCUGUUUUAACUUAACAGAAGCAUGACAAAUCGGUGUAUGAUGCUGCCGUAUUUAUUUGUGUUGUUCCUAUCCUAGCUUUUAACAAGUUGGGGAAAAUUGUCACGGUUUUCAAAUGGACACUGUAAAUACCGUAAGAUACUACUAAUAGUUGUAGACAUUUCUGUUCUUAAUUUGCAGUGGUGUGACAAGACAUAAAAAAUAGUGCAUUGUGCUGUUAUGAAGAGGAGAAACAUUUUCCUAACAUGGCUGAUUGAAAACGGACUGUUGUAAAAACCAGCACAAGACAACGACACAGUACUUCUUUCUGAAUGUAUUUAAGGUUUAGAGACUCCAUCUUCUUUUCAGUGAUCUAUCGUAGUUACUAUCCAAACCUCCUCCCCAGUAGCAGCCUCCUCAUUCUUUAUUACUUUGGUGCAAAUAGGAGCAGUGGCUUGUGGGUAAUCGGCAGAGAUGUGGUGGCGGUGUUAUGACAACACUCGAGCAGGACAAAGUCAUAUGCACACAACUCUACUUUGAAUGUUAGCACUGUAAAACAAAUUUGACUCUUUGAAGUUUGCCACAAUCUUGUCUAAUAGCUAAGAGGGAUUGCCCCUUUCUUUGGGUGAUCUUUCAGAUUUUGUGUAGUAGGACUUGCUUAAUGACAUUUGGACUUUGUCUCUAGUCUCUUUACUUUGUUCAGGGCAUAAUAUUGUAACCUUCUCACAGACAAAGUGAUUGAGACAGAUAACAUCAGUGAGAUGUAUUAGAUAACAAAUGAAAUGUAGUCCUUCGAUGUGUUUUAGCAGGAAAUAUGAAGGGGACUGGGGUUUUUCUGAUCUGCAGCUGUGAUGAGAGGUGAAAAAGCAACAAAUGAUGCAUAAGAAAAGUGUAGUUCAAAACAGAUGCACUAUUGUCAACUUGCAGACCAAGUCCAUGUAUUGAGUGCAUUGAAGUUGUUUGGAGUCUGGAUAGGGUUACACCUGAGCUAUAAUCACACAUUCAAAGGAUGAUUGUACCAUGUCCUUUUGCAUUUUCUCUCCUUUUCUCAUCGUCAUCCAUUUUGUGUUUCUCUCGUAAAGGCAGGUAGAAGGUGCAUUACAACACUCAAAGAAAUAGUCCUCAUUCGGUGUAUAAAUUGUACAGCUAGUGAAUGAAAACCUGUAUCUCCACAGUUUACGUCCAUGAUCUUGUAAUGAUAAUACUGAAAUCAUAGAUGAGAAUAAGCUUGCCUGUGUUUCCCUAAAAACACUAAAAAGUUUCUUACCAGCAUUUAACAGACAUAAGAGGAGUGUGCUGUAGUUACCAGACCACAUUUGUAUGUCUCUUGUGUUAAUCUUGGCCUUCCCUUUUAAAUCCCCAAUAAACUAAAAUCAAAUAUUAACCAGGAUUUUAAUUGCUGCAUUAAUGCCUUUUUCAAUGCUGUGUUUUAGAUGUAAUUUUCUGUAUUUUUUAUUUGUAUGUAAUAAUCAGUUUGGGUCAUAUUUUUGAUCACAUGUAAUGCAAUUUUAGAAACUUGCGUAAUUGACAUGUUUGAUAAUGUAAAAUUGUGUGGUAUAUAUGGCCUAAUUGACAAGAUAUGGCACUAAGCACAACCAAAUUUGUCCAUUUGUGUUCAUGUGGUUCACUUUUAACAACACUGUCUGAUUUCUAAUGUAAACAGCUUUAGAUGUAGAGGCAUCAGUGGCAUCAUGAAAAGAACUGAUUUAGUUUUUAUUAAGAUUAAAAAAGGGACAGACAGAUAUUCUAAUUUGGUAAAAUGUUCUCUGUUGUGUACCUGUAUUUGCAAGCAAUCGGAAGUAUAAUACUGGUCAAGCUAAUUAAUAGUAAUAAAAAUAGAUGACCCAUUA